UCGCAAGUGUAAUCAGAAGCCCAAUAGUAGUAUGCUGCCAAAUUUUCCGCGGGGUUGCGAAUUGGGCCUCCAACUAUGACUUUUCCAAUCCUCGUAGUUUUCGAGAUUUUUCAUGAUUUUUUUAACGAUCAGAAAAUUUAGAUUUGAAAGAAUCAUAAAAAAGUUCGAAACCUACAAGGAUUUGAGCUGCCAUAUUUUAAGGCAAGAGUUGCAAUUCCUGAAAGUACCCUGACAGCACCCAACUGCAAAUUUUUGAAAAAAUCAAAAGAAAAUCGUCGUAUCUCGUAAACUAAAAGGAUCUGGGUGUUCAAAAUUGGAGGCCAAAUUUGCAACCCCAGGAGGAACCCUGACAGCAUCCCACUAUUGGGUGGCUAAUUUCAAAUCUGAUAAAAAAUCCUUGAAAUAAAACUAGCAAUUCAAAAAAACGCUUAACCAUUGCAUUUUACGAUAUAACUUAAGCGUGCAAAAAAAUUCUUUCGUUUGAACUUGGAAAAAUAAUACGUUGAAUUAGCUUAAACAUGGCGAAAUAGUGACUCCCUCAUCGCUCGCUUGUGCAGACAAAAAAUCCCUCAGAUGAGAAACAUUUUGCUUCCAUGAUUUUAUCAUUAAAAUAGUAAAAACUUCUUUGCCUCGUGAUGACCGUUUUCACGAAUUGUGACUACCUUUCUGACAUCAGUUUUCCCCUGACCUUCGCUAUCAGUAAUAACAAUCUGAUUUUGUUUCUCUGAAUAAUGGGUUAGUUCUUUAACUUCUUCAUUUGGCAGCUUCUAUUCAAUUGAACCGAUAUUAAUUCAAAAAUAUUUUUCAACCUAGGCAUGUUUGCUUUUAUUGUUAGUCCAGUUACGGGCAUGGAAGAUACUUCUUUUUACUGCCAUGUUAAAUAUAUUAUUCAAUGAUACAAUCACGAGAUGUCAUCAUCAAUGCUGCCAUUUUAUGAUUGAGUGUCAAAAGCAAAAUAAAAGCAUUUAACAAUAUUUACAUUUACCCCAACACAAUCGCAAAAAGAAUAUUACAAGAUUUAUCUCAGAGGCACUCUUGAUAAGGUUAUUUAUAUUAGAAACAGCAGCAGUUUUACAGUCAAAAGCAUCAUAUUGGUUGCCUUUACAAUUACUAGAGCUCAAUAGCAUACGUAAAACUGUGAAAAAAAACUAACUCGUUAAUGAACUUGCCGAAAUAUACAUUUUAAAAACCUUUGACUCUCGCUUUCAAGAGAAAAAAACAACCAAUUUAAGUUUCUCGAUUAAUGUGUUUUCUUUUCACAAUUGUCUGUAAAUUUUUCAUCAAGCUACUAGAGCACUUUUAAAGUCUAUCAAUUAGAAAGCACAGAAACAAUUAAAAGCCAAAACGUUAUUCAACAAGCCAAAACGUUAUUCAACAAGCUCCGCCUAACCACAUUGAAUUCUAUUUGAAAAAUUCGAUGGUCAAUUACUGAACAAAAAUGCCUCGCACGAAAAAAGCAGUAGCCAGCAAAAACACUUGCGAGCUAGCCCCGAAAGAACAAAGAAACUCGAUUGGAGCAGCAGCAAUGUCAGAUAUCCAUGCAAUGGCAGCGAACAGCAAAACGAAACAGUGCAAAAUAUGCAACGCUUAUUGUGCUGGCACCAGCAUAGUGGACAUAGGCAAUGGUGAAGUGUGCCAUUCCACCUGUUACGUAUGUGUGGAAUGUAAAAGCAGUUUGGCCAAUCAGAAGUGCUACAAGGAUCCCAGUGACAUCAACUACAGGUACUGCAUGGGAUGCUACAACACUGGAAGCUCCUCCCUCUGUUUCGAAUGUGGGUGCAAACUUGUCGGAGACUUCGUCACAAUCCCCGACAGAGGCAACUACCACGGCAAGUGUCUCAACUGUGGUCUCUGCCAGCGAAAUCUCGAGGACCAGCCGAUGGCAUUCGACAAGAUCAAAAAAAUCUUCAAGUGCAGUCCCCCAUGUCAAUUACCUGAACUUCCUUCACUCUAUUAA